UCUGUUCUUCCUCCUGGUAAUAUUAGACUUUGCCCCGGCAUACUCAAGUUACGCUAAAGAAGGAUGUUUACUUGGACUCUACCUAGAUUUGCCAGUGGAAAUAUGAUGUGAGAGAUCUACACAAACACAAAGGAUCUUCAUUCCCAGCUGGGACAAGAUUGAGACCAAGAUUGAGACACAUUCUAGGCUGAUGAGUUACAACAGUGAUACUUCUGGCUUGCACAAUAAGAAAAAAGAAAAAAACAAAAAGUAUUCACCCAUUUCCACUGCUGGCUCUCGCUGUAAGAGUGGGAUUUGUAUCUUGAGAGCGAGAGAAGGUACAAGCGAAAGUGCACAGGAGGGUGAGAAAGGGGGCGGACCCGCAGUGCCGGCCCAUCCAGAAACAGGUUAGUGUCAGACGACGCAAUGCAAGCGGAGCACACACACAACAGCCGCAGUAUGCAAUAGAGCCUCCAGGAAGAAGUGCUGCUGCUGCUGCUUCUGCUCCACAGGCACAGGAACAGGCAUGGACACACUCAGGGACCUGGCGCUUCUGUUGGCCCUGCUCCUCCUCGGUUCUGCCCGCUGCGCUGAGGAGCUGGAGCCGGUGCUCAAGGCCGUGGGCGACUCCAUGGAGAUGGGCUUCUGCUUCGGGGUGGACUACAUCGUGGGCUACAAGUUGGUGGGCGAGAAGCGACAACUGGUGGGGAACUCCUCCAGCGAGUCGCCCAGGGGACUGCUGAGCGGACGGGUGAGCAUCACCAACCACCUGGCGUCCCUCCUGGGUUUGGAGAUCACCAACCUGACGUCGGCCGACUCCGGGGUCUACUUGAGGGAGUGCUGGAGGGACCACCAGCUGAUGAACCAGCAGAAGCACUACCUGUACGUGUGUGGGGAGGAGGCCGGCGUUCAAGAGAUCUUUGUGUCCCCAGACGGAGGGGCAGAUUUCGCCUGCAACACCAGCAGCACCGGACUCCCAGGCUCCAGCAUACUGUGGUUCCGUGAAGUUUACCCCAAAUACAAGGCGACGCUGUUCCUGGACACAGAGCAGUCGCUGACCCCUGUCCAGCCGGAGCUCAAGGAACAGAUCCAGGUGAGAGACGGGGGCGCGAGCCUCCACAUCCCAUCUGAGGUCAUGAAGGACAGCCGCAACUUCCACUGCCUGGUGCUGCGGAGCGGUCAGUGCUUGGCCUUCCAGAACAUCGAGCUCCCCGAGAGCGAGGAACCUGACGUGAAGACCGUCUUCCGCUCGGAGGGGGAGAGCGUGCAGCUGACCUGCCCCAUGAAGCACCCUGAGCAGAAGAAGAGGUUCUGGGAGACGCCGUUCGGCAUGGUGGAGUCAAGCGCCCCCGUGGAGACGACAGAGGGGAAUCACAUCAGCGUGCUGGAGGGGCAGAGGGCAGGGGAGUACUCACUGCUCAUAUCCAAACUCACUGAGAAUUCCGCGGGGGAUUAUAAAUGCUUCGCUCCCUUGCUGGUGGCAGAUUAUGCUGUGACGGUUUGCCCAAAGCACGAAACCACUGAAGUGGAGUUUUCUGAGGGGGGUGAGGUGGUGCUGGAAUGUAUGCUGCAGGAGGGGCAAUUCAGUGUCCAGUGGUAUCGACAGAAUGGGUCUCACGAGGAGACCUUGUUAUCGGACUCGGGCGAUCCAUCCAUCGAUUUCCCUCAAGACCUGCAGGAUAGGGCCGCUUUUUCGGAGGAAAAAUUCACACUCACAAUUUCCCGCCUCACCCCUAAGGAUAACAGGACAUACUGGUGCGUUGUUCUGGAAGAGAUAGUAUUUACGGACGAAGACUACACUGAUGUCAGCGUUGAGGGCAAUGAGGAUAAUGCUGAAGUUGAUGCUGAAGUUGAUACUAAUGACGACGUUGCUGGAGAAUCUGGCGAGUUUGGCAACACGUGGGAAGAAGAGGAUAAAUGCCUCUCAAGGCGAGUGAUCCACUUGGUAUACAAGGCCUCUCUAGACCCCACGGGUGGCUCUGGCAAGAGUGGCUCUGGCAAGGGCUUUGACAAGGAUGGGCCUGACAAGGGCAGGUCAUUGCCUAGUCCUGGUCCUGAUCCUUUUCAGCCUGGUCCAGAGCCAGAGCCAGAGGCCACAACCAACCCACUCGUGUUCGCCGUUGCAGGCGGAGUCAUUGGCUUGAUCGUUGUGGGGGCUGUCAUUGCAAUAGUGUUUAAAAUGCGUGCAAAGAAGAACCAUGAGCAGGCUGGGAAAGUGGAAUGCUCAAUAGAAAAGGGGGAGGUCGCUGGGCUUGCGCCCGAGAAGAACAGACCUUGACUGUAAAGACACAUUUUUUUUUCUGUUUUUAGCACUGUUUGCACUGCUUAAGGACAUCUGAGGUGGUGUACUUUUGUACCAAAGUACAGCACAGGACACCCUGCAUACUUUCCACUUUGCCCUUGAACCUAUCAACUGCAAAUAGUUUCUGGGAGACAAAGAACAGUGUUGGAAUGAGGAAAUAAUGAUGGUUGACCAGAGUGGAUCUUUGCUAUGCACUGUAACAGAGGCAUAACUCCCAGAGAGGUGCACUCAUGACAAUGUUGUGAGAAACCUAAAACUAAAACAAAAUCGAAGCCACAUAAACAAACCAAUCGUUUAAUGCCAUUUUCCCACGCUGUGUGUAUUAAUCUUUUAUGUUUAGAAGCUAUCUGGGGCAUAGAUGGUAUCCGAGAGAGAUUUGAACUCUAGUCACACACAGCAUGUAAAGGAUAAUAUGAAAGUAAUGAGAAACAGCUCCUGGCUUUUUGCCACACUGCCUCCGAGAGUGAUGACUGAACCAGCUGGAUUUUCUUCACUGUCAAAUCUUUGAUUCAUGCUUGUAAAGGGUGGUGUUCGUACAUCAAAACCAAUAAAAGAUUCUUCUUAAGAA